GUUCAACCAAUUAACAGAAAUCUUUUCAUCCAAUUAGCUAAUUGUAGAUAACAAACAAUUAAACAAUCAACUCAACAAUUGUAUCAAGUGGUUGAUUAGACGAUGAGCUUAGUAAUCAAACAAUUGUCUUAAUCAAAUACAACACAUGUAAUGUUAUUGUAAAUUCUUGUAAUUUGUUGAUUAAUAGUUUGAAAGUUAAAUUGUUGGAGGAAUUGAAAAUCUUUCAAUUAAAUUAACUGAUUAACUGAAUUUAUAUUUCGCUCCUUUUGAAAUUUACUCACGUGACACUUUUUGUUUUGUUUUGAUUGAAACAAAUUGACUCAAGGUUUUGAUGUUUCACUUAACAAUUAAAGGGACAAUUAGAUUGUUUUGAUGAUUGUUAAUUGUGUUUCUACUAUUAAAGUCUAUUAGUUUGUGUAAUCAAUGAUGAUUAGGUUGUGGUUAAAAGAUGAACUAGUUGUGUUAAAAAAGUUGCUUCUAAUUAUGUGAAUGUACAAAAGUGAAUACAAUGUUUGCUCAACUGAUCGACUUAUUGACAAACCAUGAUUGUGUUUUAUUUUCUGGAUUUUACUUAAUUCUAAUUCUUAAUUCAAUCUCAUUUUUCUCAUUCUCAACUACACUGGUUAUCUUAAUUGCUGGUCUUGUCUUCUAUGCUUCAAAAUUAAUCAUCUGGAUCUCAAAUUUAACAUCUAAACAGCCAAUUGUACCAUAUGAUUGGUUAGAUGAACUUGCUCACCAUAAAGUAAUCACCCUGGUCAAUGAAAAGCUUGACCUUUCCAAUAUAACUCAUUGUGGUCAAGAAAUCUCACUGGAAAAUGAAACCUUUCGGAUUAGUGAAAAUAUAUGUAAAGAUUAUAUUGUCCCUUGGUGUACAACCAUUAGUCCCGAUUCAGCUUUUCCAGCUGAUGCUGAACGGGCAAUCUUUGAAUUAAUACAUACUAUUCUUAGGAAAUUAUCGUCCACCGAUGUGAUUGAAUUUAGUAAAGAUAUACUUGAUUGGUUCGAGCUAAUUUGUUCACCUUCAAAUCGAGAUAAAAUAAACCUUAAUGAUGAAGAGAUGAAUAUUUUCCUGGAAACGUGUACAGAGAAGGUUUUGAAAUCUUGUUCAGCCUCUACUCUUUCAUUAACCGAGAUCAAAGAUAAAUUAUAUGGCAAUGAAUUCAAUGAUCCACUAAUCCUGAUGAUUAAAGAAUUGCUUGCUAAAGCUGCUAUAAUACCGAUUGUUGACCUAAUCUCCGAUCCAGAGUUUCUUACUUCAUGUGUCGCCAGAUUAUUUGGUAUUAAAAUACGAGAUGAUGCUUUAUAUGAGCUCGAUGGGAUUCAAGAUUUUCUUCAAAAUAAUCCAGAUCCAUUUCCAAAUUUAUUAUUGAAAAAUCUACCCGAUGGAACUGUGAGAAGUAUCAGUGUCGAUGGAAACAUAACCAACAUAUCAGAACUGAGUCAAAUUAAUUCCGAGGCAAAUGAUAAAAAAUUCAAAUUACACAAACGAAGUCUCUCCCAACCAGGUAACAUGGGUCAACCCAAAAAACUCUCAACCGCAGAUUUAAUGGCAAACAAUCAACAGCGUUUAAUGGAUUCGUUGUCAUGUGAAACGGGAAUAGAUUUAGACUCAUUGCCCAAUCCAAGUUCAAGAGUAUUUCGAAAUAUUCGUAUCAACAAAUGGGAACUGGUCAAAAAUUCAAGAGAAAUGUAUAUCGUUUAUAUCAUCAGUGUUGAUGCUCUUUUCGAAGAAGUUCACCCAGAGAAAAUGUUUCCUCCAUCUCCGGUGGAAAAUCUAACAUCAGCGACAGAGGAAGAAGAAACUCGAGAAGAAUGUGUCGCUUCAUCGUUAAUAUGGAAAAAUUUGACGAUUAAACAUCGAUUUCGUGAAUUUGUCGAUCUACAAACUAAACUGGAAAACAAUGCUCGCCUUCGAGGUACUUUAAGAGGGAUGCACAAAACUGUUAUCAAACCGUCCACUUUAAAAGUAACAAUGGCCAAUAUAAUGUCCUUCAACCCACUUCGUUCCAAUGUGUCUAAUAGAUCAGUUGUUGAACAUCGUCGUCGAUGUUUAGAAAAAUAUCUUAACGAGCUUUCCAAAUUCGAAAGAAUCUCCAGGUCAAGAGAAUUUCGCGAUUUUCUAGGCUACAGAGAGGAACGUUCCAGUUUCCUUCGAAGUCCAUCUCAAUCAAUUUUAGUUCCACUUGGAAUUGAUCGGGUUUAUCGAAAUGUUCGUGAUGCAAUAACCUUCCUAAAACCUUCCAAUCCAACCGAGGGAACUUUUGCUCCAGGUCCAUCCUUGGUAAUCUCCGAUUCACCGUUAACGUGCCUUAAAUUGACCAAAUUGUCACACACCAAACAAUCAAAAAUCUUAAAGACAAUCAGUGAACCUCGUUUCAUAUCCAAUUUAAUUCAAUCAAAUGAAUCCAAUCGUAAAGAAAUCGCUUCGGGUGAAACAUCACCAGAAAUUUGUUUCUUCCAUCUAAGUAAACGAUCUCAAGGAAGUGAUCGAUUUGAUGGAUCACCAGUUGAUUCUCAACGUAAACACAAACAAUCAGUGAAAAUACCACUAAUUGAUUCGUUAAUCAAUAUUAUCCAAUCAAUAAUUCCUGUAACAUCAACAUCAUGGGUUUCCCUAUCACUACUAACAACUAAAAUUUACCUUGGUGCAACUUUAGAAAGGAUAAUUGGUUCGUUAAUUAGUCGCAUUUGUUGUACUGAAACAUUUGUUUACCUUUUACACACUUUACAUGAAUCAAUAUGGGAAGAUGAAGAUAACGAGGAUUGGAUUAGAUAUGAAGUUCAAUCAACAUCCCAUUUAAUUUAUAAAUUAGUCAAAAUGUUACAUUGUAAACCAUUAAUUAAUCAUUUACCUUUACAAUUUGUUGAAAAAUCAGUCCAAUCAGUUUUCAACACCUUCCAAAGUAAGGAUCAUAACAAAAUGUUUAUUAUUUUAGUUCUUUCCUCUCUUCUAAAAAGAUCUCAAAUCUAAUCAAAUCACCAACAAUCUAAUUUAAUUAACAAUCAUUAUUUCAUCAAAAUGAUCAAAGAUUAUUAUCCAUAGUCACCAAUCGUCAUCAUCAUUACCAUAAUCAUCCCUAAUUAAUUUAAGAUCUGAUAAGUCAUUUUAAUUAAUCUCUACUCGGUGAAAUUGUUAACUAAAUAAGUAUUAUGAUGAUUAUUUUUACUAAUUAACUGUAAUUUAAUUAAUGAAUGAAUUCAAUCAAGUAUUAUAAAUACCGAGUAUUGUAAAAAAAACAACAACAAUUAACUUUCUCGAUUCCAACGAUCUUUUUAAAUUAAUAUCUUUUCUCACAAUUAAAAUCCAUUUGGAUGAAUGUAAAUCUCUUGCCAAGAUAAUUGUUUGUCCUUUUAAUUGUUAUCAUUAUUUUACAGAAUAACAAUCAAAUUAACAAUUAAGAAAAAGUUAUUCAAAACCAAUGAUGAUUUUGUUGAUUAAUGGACUUUACGUUUUGACGGAAAGAUGAACCAAGUUCACAAUUAAGUUAAUUGUCUGACGUAAUUAAUCAACUAAAACAAGAUAAUAACUAAAUCUCUCUGGUAAUUUAAUUUGAUUAAGAGAAAAUCAGGUUUUCUUGAUCAUAAUUUGCACACGAAAAUCAAUUUCUCAUAAAGACCAACCUCUUUUCCCUCCGGUGGGUUGUUGUUUCCACCCUGGAGAUUGUAUUAACAAUCAACGUUUAAUCACUUCCAUCAAUCAACUAUCCUAAAGAGAGUCUUCUUCAUAUUCAGUUGUUUAAUUAAUCUAAUUUGAUUGUCAUUUGAUGAUCAGAACAGAAGUGAUUAACAACAACGUUUUAAUUACUUCGUGUCUCUUUUUGCUGGUUUCAUUGUUUUCUCCUCGUUUUUUUGUUUACUUGUGAACUUUUUGGAUUAAAUUAGUUUAACAAUCAACAUGGAAUCUAAAAUGUCAUCGAGUCGAUCUUAUCCUAUGGAGACAUAUGAUUG